UCAUUACGUAACGUCUUCGUAUAGAGGUCAGUAAACAACAUUUAAGUUGAUUUGCGAAUUUACUUUCGUAUCAUUUUAACGGGUAAGUCCUUGAUAAGAAAUGCAUUUAAUAAAGUGAUAUCGACAAUUUAACUGGUGAACGAUAUGAAAUAACGACGCGACAAUGGUGACUAAAUUAGAAGCGUACCAAUUUACAAUUUUUGCCACCAUGUUUAUUGGCUACGGCUGUUACGCGUAUAAUAGAAAAUCAGUCUCGUUUGCUUUGCCAAAAUUAAUGGAAAUGGGCCUUGAAAAAAGUCAAGCUGGAUUAAUAAUUAGUAGCCAAAAUAUGGCUUACGCCAUUAGCAAAUUUUUAGGUGGAAUUCUCUCCGACAGAAUGAGUUCUCGUGUUCUGUUUUCUGUCGGACUUCUAUUUAGUGGUUUCGCUACUUUAGCAUUUUCUGCUUCCCAUUCUGUCCUAACUUUUACUUCAUUAUGGUUUCUCAAUGGAUUUGCUCAAGGAUGUGGUUGGCCCGCGUGUGCCAAAGUUCUGAGGAAGUGGUUCUCUCCCGCGCAGUUUGGUACCUGGUGGAGUGUAAUGUCUGCGAGUGCUAACAUUUCUGGAGGUGUUUCACCUUUUAUUUCGGCAUUUCUAAUUCUGAAUUACGGAUGGAGAUUUAGUCUAGUGGUCGCCGGAAUCGUCUCCGUAAUAUUGGGCGUUAUAUCUAUGUUUUGCAUUGUUAAUUCUCCGACCGACAUCGGAUUACAAAGCUUUGUCGACGACGAAAAAGAAAAGAAAAACUCCGGUGAGAUUUCGGACGAUUUGUACCAUAAAAAAAAUAUAAAUUCUUUAAUAUAUCCGGCUUAUAUAUUAAUAUUUAAUUACUCGUACAUUUAUUUUCAAGCUACUUCGGGGGAUAAGGAAGCUAAAGUGGCCGACGUAUUGAGAAGUCCGUUCUUGUGGCUGGUUUCUUUCUGUUACAUGACCGUAUUUUGUGCCAAAACUAGCACCGUCGAUUGGAGCCAACUUUAUUUAAUGGACGAUUGUGGACAGACUCAAUUUGUCGGUAGUUCUUUUGUUAGUAGCGUGGAAACGGGAGGAUUUUUCGGUGGUGUUUUAGCAGGUUAUUUAACAGAUUGGGUGUUGAAAAAGGAAUUAAAGAAAAAUCAUAAAGCAAAAGGAAAUCCUCGUAUGAAAGUGGGAAUUAUUUUUACUGCGGGUGCCUUAGGAUGCCUUCAUCUAUUAAAAUACUUCGUUAACGAAAAUUCGUCUAAGUUAUGGAUAACAUCAAUAGGGAUGAUGCUAGGUGCUUGCUAUUACGGUCCUAUCGCUAUUUACGGCGUGGUUGCAACCGAAUCUGCUCCCAGUCAUUUAAGUGGCACGGCUCACGCUAUCGUAGCUUUAGCCGCAAAUAUUGGUGCGAUUGUUUCCGGUUUACCGUUCAGUUUAGUAGCCAAGUCUUACAGUUGGGGUGCCAUUUUUCUCAUUUUAGAAGUUUUAACCGCUAUAACAAUUUUCCUUAUGCUCGUUACUAGAAAUAUGAAUUCUAAUAUUGGAAAAGUGAAAACUCGGUAAUUUCGUUACCGCCGUCAACUAAUGGUUAAUAACAAGUCGAUUAUGUAUAAUAUUAAUAAUAUUAAUUUUGGAAAAAUAAUUCACUUUUUGUACAGUAAAAGUUAUUGUUAAAAUUGAAUGAUAAGAUCAAAAUAGAUUUUUAAUAAUUUCUAAAUAAAAUGGGCACAAAUUUUCAAUUAUUUAGAUGCAUCGAAGUCGAUACGUAUAAAUAUUGGGGGAUAACGACCACAAUAAGAUAUAAAUUUCUUAUUAUCCGGUUAGGAGAGGAUAUACAAAAUAAAGUGUAUUUGUUGCGUACGGUACUCGUCUCUACUUUUAAUAUUUGUAGUAUGAUAUAAAGUAAUUUUAUGUUGGGAAGAGGACAAUUUUCCUGUAUAAAAGUAUUCUCCGUAUCACACGGAUCGACGCCCACGUUUAGAUGUGAAAUUGUAUAAAAAGUGUUUUAUUUUCAGAAACACAAUUUUCACAUCUCGCUGAAUCGACAGAUAUUUGAUUCCAUUUCUAAGAAAUCGUUAAAAUCAGGAUAGAGAGUUAAAGUAUACAGAUGGUCGAACAGACACGCUUAUUUUCCUUUCCGAGAGGAAAUGUAUUCUGCCAGAUGCUUCUGAUUACUCCUAUAAUAUAUAAUUUGUACAAACAUUUUCCUUCUUUUCCUUAAAUAAAGUGUUUAUACUCAGAAAUAUUUUGUAUGUAGAUUAAUAGAGAAAAGUUGAAAGAAUUCGUGAUGCACAUUUUUUUUCCUCGAUCCAUUAUAAUAAAAUGCCUUACACGUUUAAUUCUCUUUAUCUAAUUAUGCGAAACGGAGUUAUUUUUUCUCACUUUUUGAUAUUAUGAAAUUGAAUACAGAAAUAGGUCAAUUCUUAACAGAAUUAUACUAAACAAAU